UUAUAAGAAAUAAUAAACAUGGUCAUUUGCGAAGAAAGAAGAUCUGGCCUGGGCUAAGCAUGUUACGAGGUUGUUCGGUGACAAGGCGCAAUACAAAUAUAUCACCACCGACAUCAUCAAAAUACAAUUUCAAAUGGAAACGAAGCAUCAAAUAAUUAAAUCUUCACACCAUAUUUGCAUUCGCUCUUUCUAAUCUAUCCCCAUGAUCUGCUAAUGCAUCAAAUAUUUGCAAGUCAUUGAUAUGAAAUCACUGAAGAAGAUGCUGCCCAUUCAUGCAUUUUCUUAACCAAUUGAAGUUUAUAGCACACAGUACAUCUGCAUGAAAGAUUCUUAUUCAAGGACUCAAAUUUCUGUGGAGUAACAGGUACGUUUUUUUUUUCUUUUUUGUAAGAGGAGUGGUCAUGGAUGCCAAUGAUGACAGUGGAGCACCGAGACAACCUGAGGGAAAAUACAAAGCAAUGGCAAUUUGUUUCAUUCUUGGAAUUGGGUCCCUUGUUUCCUGGAACAGCAUGUUGACAAUAGGAGAUUACUACUACAUAUUGUUCCCCAAAUAUCAUCCUGCAAGGGUACUUACCCUGGUUUAUCAACCAUUUGCAAUUGGAACAAUGUUAAUACUGGCAUACUAUGAGUCGAAGAUCAAUACUAGAAUGCGGAAUUUGGCUGGAUUCACUCUUUUCUUUUUUAGCACUUUCUUUGUUCUUGUUGUGGAUCUAGCAUCAUCAGGGAAAGGUGGACUUGGACCUUAUAUUGGUAUAUGUGUGCUUGCUGCUUGUUUUGGAAUAGCAGAUGCUCAAGUCGAAGGUGGCAUUAUAGGAGAGUUGUGUUUUAUGUGCCCUGAGUUUAUCCAGUCCUACCUUGCUGGUUUGGCAGCAUCAGGGGCUCUAAUUUCUAUUCUGAGAAUGCUGACCAAGGUAGCUUUCGAGAAAUCUAAUAAUGGACUUCGCAAGGGAGCAAUACUAUUCUUGGCAAUCUCCACAUUCAUUGAGUUAGUUUGUAUCAUUCUGUAUGCAAUCUGCUUCACCAAAUUGCCCAUAGUGAAAUAUUACCGUUCAAAAGCAGCGUUAGAGGGAUCAAAAACUGUUGCAGCUGACCUUGCUGCUGCUGGCAUUCAAACAAAGACUAAUGAUCAAGGUGGAUAUGAUAGCAAAAAAGAAGAGCGGUUGAGCAACAAACAAUUAUUUGUUGAGAACCUUGAUUAUGCAGUUGAUUUAUUUCUUAUAUAUGUGGUAACACUGUCAAUCUUCCCUGGAUUUUUGUAUGAAAAUACUGGAACACAUCAGUUAGGCACAUGGUACCCAGUUGUUUUGAUUGCUAUGUAUAAUGUGGUGGAUUUCAUAGCAAGAUAUAUUCCCCUUGUGCCAUGGCUAAAGUUGGAAUCCAGAAAGGGUCUACUAAUAGCAGUGUUUUCUCGAUUCUUGCUGAUCCCAGCAUUCUACUUUACAGCAAAAUAUGGUGACCAAGGAUGGAUGAUUCUACUCACCUCCUUCUUGGGACUCACCAAUGGCUAUCUCACAGUGUGUGUUCUCACUGUGGCACCAAGAGGUUACAAGGGUCCUGAGCAGAAUGCUUUGGGUAAUUUGCUUGUCCUGUGUCUAUUGAGCGGCAUAUUUGCUGGGGCUGUUCUUGAUUGGUUGUGGAUCAUAGGUAAAGGAACAUUCUGAACAUAUACCAAAUGUAUAUUGAUUGUUAUUGACGAACCUUCGGUCAGUUUCUUUGAUCUUUGUGUUUUGAAUCUUCAUAAAUUAAUUUAUAUUGGUGGCUGGUAUUGAAUGGUUUUAAUUAUUGUUUAGCUAUAUGUUGAAUGUGUGAUUAUAGUUUCGCAGUCAAUGUAUAAAAAAAUCGUGCUAAGUUACAUCUC